CAGUGUCGGGAGAGGGGGGGGGUCAUUCCUAACUUGCUGCCAGCUUCGCUUUCCUGCUGUUACGAUGAGGACCGCGCUUAGGUACGAAAAUGUCCAUAGGCACAAAAGAGAGCGUGAUUCCGCUGCGUGUAACGGGACAUUCAAGCUUGCACAACUUCGCUGGCAUCCUGAUCGGGAAGUUGAAAAGGGCGGAUGCAUUCAGCCUCUUUCAGCUGUUCAGAGUGCUGGAGAGCAUUGGUCCAGUCGCCCAGCCACGUGCUGUGCUCUCAGAGGCGAAUUGGAUGGUGUUCAAAGCUGGAUAUAGUGUGCAGGCUGAGAGCUCCUGGGGACUGGACUGCUGGCAGAAAGAAUCCAUAAUGGAGUUACAAACAUUGCAGGAGGCUCUGAAAGUGGAAAUACAGAUCCAUCAGAAACUAGUGGCCCAGAUGAAGCAGGAUCCACAGAACGUGGACCUGAAGACGCAGCUCCACGAGUUACAAGCCAAGAUCACAUCUCUGAGCGAGCGGCAGAAAAAGGUAGUGGAGCAGCUGAGGAAGGACCUGCUGGUGAAGCAGGAACAGCCAGAAAUACGGCCAGACUGCAAGGCCCCGGCGCCGCCCGCAGGCCAAGCCGUCCUCUCCCUGCCUGUACACAGCCCCGGUGGCCAGCAGAAGGCUGUGUCCGUCUCCUCGGUCAUCGCCACCAAGACCCUGCCUCUGGUGCUGAAAGCUGCCACCCCGAUGUUGCCCACUUCUGCUGUGAUGCAGCGGCCCACAGUUGCCAUGGUCACGGCUAUCAGCAACACGCCCAAGUCCGACACCGUCAGCCCUGAUUCACAGUGCGUGCCAAUCGACCUUCAGACGUCUGGCAAGCUGGCCAGUCAGGGAGCAGAUCCUGUGCGAAUAGUUCCCAAGAACACCGUUGUAGUGCAGACCACCUCUGCCGCCCACCCUAUUAGAGUUCCUCAGUUCAUCCCCCCUCCUAGACUGACUCCUCGACCCACCUUUCUGCCACAGGUCCGACCCAAGCCUGCCACACCCAACAAUGUGCCUAUCACUCCCGCACUGCCGCCACCCAUGAUGGCUGCCCCACAGCUGCUCCAGCGGCCGUUGAUGCUGACCACAAAGAUGUCCUCCUCCCCCAUGGGGCCCUCAGGGGGCCCCGUUCACCAGGUGCACAUCGUUAACGGACAGCCCUGCACCACCAUCGCCAAGAACCUGUCAGGAAGUCAGCUGACGGGCAUCGUCAUCACCACCCCCAACACCCACCUAGCUACCUCCCACACACUGCAGAUCAGCAGCAUCAGCGGGGAUUCCAAGACUGUUAAAGCUCAGGGCACUACGGAGCAGACGGAGCCCCCAAGCAGCUCCUCCCGCACCCCCACCCCUCCACCAAAGCCUAAACGUGAAGAGAACCCCCAGAAACUGGCCUUCAUGGUCGCCCUGGGACUCGUGACUCACGAUCAUCUAGAAGAGAUUCAGAGCCGGAGACAAGAGCGCAAACGGAGGACGACAGCAAAUCCCGUGUACAGUGGUGCCGUGUUUGAACCAGAGAGGAAGAAGAACACCGUCACCUACCUGAACACGCCCCUCCAUCACGGCACCCGCAAGAGAGGUCGCCCUCCCAAAUACAGCACUGUGGCGGAGCUGGGCUGCCUCGGCCCGGCCUGCCCUGCCAGCAGCCACCCUGCCUCCCCGGCCCCCGACAGGCCCGUCCACUCCCACACCCUCCCUGUGCCCAGCCCCAGCUUCGGGGAUGGAGACAUCCAUGAGGAUUUCUGCACUGUGUGCGGGCGCAGUGGCCAGUUGCUCAUGUGUGACACGUGCUCUCGUGUUUACCACCUGGGCUGCCUGGAGCCGCCCCUGAAAGCCAUUCCCAGAGGCAUGUGGAUCUGUCCCAAAUGCCAAGACCAGAUCCUGAAAAAGGAGGAGGCGAUCCCGUGGCCCGGAACCUUAGCCAUCGUCCAUUCCUACAUCGCCUACAAAGCAGCUAAGGAGGAGGAGAAGCAGAAGCUGGUGAAAUGGAGCUCUGAGCUGAGGCAGGAACGUGAGCAGCUGGAGCAGCGGGUCAAGCUUCUCAGCAGCUCCAUAAUGAAAUGCAUGGAGACCAAGAACACUAUCCUGUCCCAGCAGAAUGAGAUGCAGACCUCCUUAGAAAAGGUCAAGGGCUUAGUCCACCUCAUUCAGAGCGCCCAUUUCGGCCGGUCACCGGACACCGUGUCCUCGGACAGCAUUGGUGACCACGUUACAGACUCUGGAGGCAUGGACUCCUCUAACAGCACCAAUGCCAAGAGUGACGCACACAUAGACGAAGGUGAUGGAGGAGGCCAUGACAGUAACGGCAAAAUCUCAGAACCUUCCCAGAAUCCUGUGCUGCCCAUCCUUGAUAGCUCAGAGAGGGCAAACUAAUGCCCGGAGUCGUCACGAACAAAGAAGCAGAACACUGGAUUCAAAUAAACACACAAACCCAGCCACUCUGUGCAAAGGUGGUGCCCACAGUUGCCAAUCUAUAUAUGUAUCUGUACAUAGGUUUUUGUUUCGUUUUCGUUUCGUUUUAUUGUGCAUUGUCAGACUGUGUCAUCAGUAGAUCUCUGCCAGCUUCGGGAACAGACAAUGCUGGCUGUUUUUUUUUUUGUUUUUUUUACCAGCGCCACACCAGUUAAUGGUAGGAAAGAGAAACAGUUUUGAUGAUGAUGAUAAUAAUAACAAUAAUAAUUAUUAUAAUAAUAGUUUAAAACAACAUACCAGUGUGUGCCUGCAGUAGUCGCCCUUGAGCCUCUCUUGGGGAUGUUUUGUGUUCAUUUGUGUUAGUCCUCAAUACCAGGGAAUUUGGAUGAUAAGCUGUCCAAAGACUCGAUGCUCACCUUCGGGUCCUGCUGUCGGCGCGGAGAGAAGCUGAACAGGAAGCAAUGCGAGCUGGUCUCUUCAUGGCUGUGUCAGUAUUGAUUCGGUACCAAGAACCAAGGAAUCCCCCUCACCUCCUUGCCCCCAUCAUGCUGGGAGGCAACUGGUGUGGCCUGCCCCCCCCCCCCCCUCUCCCCCAGGGUCAUUUCAUUGUCCAUUCUCUGUGCAUCUCUGUCUAACUUCUACUGACACUAGCGAUGACAUUGCAAGAAUGCAAUCUCUAAAAAACAAAUUUAUUUAUUUCAUUUUUAAACAUUUCUUUUAUAGGAUAAUAUUUUCAGGUCUUCCUAGCGUUCAGAAAAUUUAAAGUGCUUUUCUGUUUCGCAGCAGUCAUUUCUAAUAAAAGGUAUUAGACUUGGAAUAGUUUCUGUAAAUAAUUUUCAUUUUUAAAAGGAUCUUUGCAUUGAAGAUAUACUUCUAUGUUAGAUUCUGAACUGCCAAAUGCUAAUGUAUCCAAAUCCAGCAGGGACGUGUCUUUUUCUUUCAAGUCAAUCACAAAAACAAGAUAUAUGGAGAAAUGCGCACCUGUGACAUCAGGAAUUUCGUGAGAGAUUGUUUUAUCAGGUGCAUCUGCAGGGCUCCACGGCACGGCAACGUCUACAGAGGUGGAGGAACAUCCGAACUGAAGCACAAAUCCAUUUCCCACAGGUAGCGAGAAAUUGUUGUGGCGCGUCACCUUUCCAGCAGAAUGGCUAAGAGUGGUGAGAUGCAAGCCAUGGCCUCAGGUCAGAGGGAGAGACUGCGGAGGGAUGUAGAGCAGAAGCUGGGGGCCUGCCAAGUGACCCCAGCGUCCGCUGCACUCCCUGGACAUACAUACUGGAUGCAAUGUGGCCAUUAGAAAGUUCUAGUCCCUUGUCGUGAACAUUGUUCCCUUGAAUCAAAUGUCCAUUUGUAUAGAGAUUAAAAUUCCUGCCUGCUGUAUUUUCAUGCAACAUCUACAGAAGCAAAUCCCUGACAGUCUUAGGUGGGUAUAGUAUUGCAGGUCCAUCUGUCUGCAGUCAGUAAGCAUCUUGCUGGCCAUUUUCACCUACGCUUCCUAGCAGGACUGAAGUGUCCCUUUCUUCAUACCUCACAUAUCAUUUUUAUUGCAUAUUUCAGUUUGUAUCAGUUUUCAGUGCAUAAACCUUCUUGUUCAUUUUGGUUUUUCUCAUAUGACAGAAUCAUGUAAGACGUUUUUAAAUAAUACUGAUCUUUUACGUUGGUUUUAGAGUGGACUCCAAAUGAUCUUGAGAAGCUUAUUCCAGCAAAACCAGUGUAUAAGAACAGUAUAUAUAUUUGUUCACGUUGGGAAAGAUGACAUGGAGAGAGGCUCAGAGAUGUAGGAUCAAACCCUUUAGCUCUAAACUGCUUUAGACAGUAUUGUUUCUGAAUAAUCAGAAUUCAGGUCUUUGGUUUUCACAUCUUCACAAAAACAAUAGUCAAGACAAUUUCAUUUAAACUUUGACAUAAUGUGAUUUAAAAGAAUGUCAUUUUGUUAGACGUUUAAGAACAAGACAUCAUAAGGGCUUACUGAGCUGUGUGAUGCUCCACGUUGUGCAUUGAACAUAUCAGCGUAUAGCUUAAGGAUGAUUCUGUGUAUGUUGGUAGGAGUAAUUCUCUAUUCCUUAUUUUUACUGCCUUCAAAAACCACUUUGCUAUCAGUAUACUUUUGUAAGUAUUGACAGCAGGCACUGGUCAUAUCUAUUUCCAGAAUGUGUUUGGUUAUAUAUUUUCGAUUGAGGUGUUAAGGUUCUAAGUCCAUUUCUAUGGAUGAUGUGUCUGUGUUUUUUUUUUUUGUCACUUUAAUUCUUGUUUUUGAGAAUUUAGAUCAAAAAAGUGAGACAAAAAGCACAAUUGUUGUCAUCUGAUGCAAAAAGUGUUCCAGCAAGUCUACCAGGAACAUGUGGGUUCUCUGAUGAUGUGAAGACAUUGGAAUUUUCACGUCUUGUGUUUGUUUUCCUACUAGUGUGGUCUGUCCUUGGCUUUCAGUGAGUGGCAUGGAAAAGCGUUUGUCUAGCAGUUGCCUUAAUGAUUGGUUUCUCAUCUCAAAUUUGAGCUGUUUGUUCUGUAUGGUAUUGUAGGUCAGAUCAUAGUGUGCUUUGUAUAUUGAGUGUUCUAAGAGCCUCAUGGAGUAAUGUGCACAUUCCCAGUGGGAAAUGUUUCAGAGCUUUGGUCUGAAAUGGGGGAAAUACCAUCUCUGAUUGAUUGGUUGGUUUGUGGUUUCAUGCUCAGAUCCCAGCACAUGAGUAGUUUCUGGUUUCCAUGACAAAAUGGCCUUCACUGUUGUUGAGGGUAGAUGAAGGCAGAUUGUGAUGGACAGUGAGCCAUAUUUACCAAGAAAAUGUGAGAUUAUUAUUUUAUUUAUUUUUUUUAUUGCCAGGUCUCCCAAAGCACUUUUUCCAUAAAUGCCUUGCUAGUAUUAAUUUCUUUUAGAAUAUAUAGAUGAAUUUAAAAUGAUCAGGCAAAAUUUCCAUAUUAAAGGUAAUUUUAAUGUAAAUUAAUAUUAUAAAUUAAUAUUCAAGGUCCCAUUCUUUUGCUGAGGUUCACAGUUUUAACCCACUGGUAUGAACAGUGGUGCUAAUAUCCGUGUAAUUAUUUAGCAAAAUUUUAGGUUUUUUGUGUCCUAAAAAUGCAUGUUAUUUCUGUAGUAAGAUCAGAAACAGUUUUGAUGCUCGGAAACUGAUAGGCUCCUGUUGAAGCCAGUGAUAAAUUUAAUACAGGGAAUCAGUGUGGAAUGAGUCACAGACUUGAUGGAAUGAGGUGUGAACCGUGCAUUGUUAGAGGAUGGCAUACAGAGCUAUCCAAUCUUUUCAGUUAAAUGGAUGUCACCUUAUGCAAUUUUUGAAUGAGAAAUUUAUGUUCUCAAUAUGUUCUGCUGAACAAAUGAAGAACAUUGCGAACCAACUGAUCAUUUCCCAUCAAUAUUCCCAUUGAGAACAGACAGGCAGUGUGCUUCUCUUUGCACUGGGCAGACAGGCUUGUGGGGAAUCUGCUUGGUCUCUCAUUUCUGUUGAGCAUAAUUAUAUUAACACUGCCUCCUGCUGGUGCCCAGCGCUGAAUGUUAAUGAACUUUGAGAGUGGGGAACAGGUCAGACAUGCAAGUCUGGAGUUCUGUGUGACCAGAGGGAACAAACCAAGCAUUGUAUGGAGUCACGCUUUAACGUUCAAAAGCCAGUAUACCCAAAGAAAACUUCGCCGUGCAUUCUGCUCUUCUGAAGUCUUUUAUAUGCAUUUUGAAUACAUGCCAGUUUAUCUUGUAUUGGGGACACUUAUUUUUUUUCCAUAGAGUACCUUUUGGGUCCAUUCAGGGUGUUUAUAAGGAUACGUGAUCUUCAUCAAAGGGUUUUGACUCUUUUGUGAGUGUGGGCGGGCGGGGGGUUUAAUUUUUAAUACAGUACAAAUUGCCAAACUGCUUUUUAUUAUUAAGAAGAACCAUUACUGUUCUAAAACCAUUGCCAGAUUAACUGGCCUAACAUAACAAAGUACUGGUGUGUCUGCUGCUCCAUCCAUUCCUGUAGCACUGACUCUGUCCAUAUCCAGAAUCCCGUAUUGUCACACGCGUGGCCUUUUGCUGUUAUGGCCUCAUCCUCACUGUACUAUGACCUUCUGUGACCUUCGGUGACCUCUGUGUUGCUCACUUUUUAAAGCCUCCACUGUCAUUUCAAUUGGAAGACAUUUUGAUUGUGCAAAAAAAAAUAGUUAAAUCUUCCACUGUUUUUAACUCAGAUGCAUUGUAGCAAUCUGAAGCCACAGUAAUGGGCAAAACCAGUGUGCUGAACCUUAUGUGUAAGUUGUUUAUUACACAAGCGACAUAUUCUUCUAUUUUUUGUUUUUUUUUUUCCUGGAUUUUUAAAAAGGGAUGUGUUAAUUUUCUAACUCUUGUUACGGAGCCAUUUUGUUGACGUUAGUAAAGCACUGGGUUUCUGUACCUCCUGUGUCUGAGCCUCACCUGUGACGACUUAUUUGUAUGCAGUGUUUAGCAAAUACCUUAGCAUCGUUGGAAGCGGAGAUUAGGAGCAUUUUGAUCAAUUUGUAUUUAUUUAUUUUCCAUUUUGCUAAAUAAAAAAAGACACCAAGCA